UACCAGUUGUCUCUGCAGCGUUCCUAUUUAGUACAGAUUCCCAUCGAAUCCAACACAAUGUGUUACAAGCAAUGGGCAACGAAACAACGAUAGAUAAUUCGCAUGAUAUCAAAUCACAAUCAACAACAGUACGGACCCGUAAUAUUAACAAGCAACAGGGUAAGAGAGAAAGAGAGAGAAAAAGGAACGAACCAGUAUGCGAGAUAAAGAGAGCGAGUCGGCAGAGAGAUAACGAGCGAUCUCCAACAAUAACCGGCGUCAAAUAAAACGGUUCGCCUCUUAAAACUCUGGUCACAGUUUCAUCGUGAUUCUCUCGAGGCAAGUGGUGAUCGUCAGGAGGAUCGUUGUGCCGUGUCAUAGUGUGAAAGCAAACGUGGCAACAUUUCGUUUCUGUGCAUGACGUGCUAUUAUUAACCGACGGGCCCAAGAGCAUCUUUUAAAAACCACCAACUUCGAGACUGCAUCGUUUACAUUCAAUCAACAAUCAACAGGCCUCCUCCGGGUCCUGUUAAUCCAGUAAAUUCAAUCCCCAAAGCCCGGGUUGCAUCCGCUUGCUCUGUCGCGAUGUGUGAGGCCAAUUCGGACUGCAGCAAAAAGUACCAGGAGUGGGAAGCGAACGAGGAGAUUCAGAUAUUUCGCGAGUAUCUGCGCAUCCCGACAGUGCACCCCAACGUGAAUUACGAUGAAUGUGUGGAGUUUCUCAAGCGCCAGGCAGCUUCCCUGAACCUGCCUGUGCGAGUAGUUGAGGUUAAUCCCCGCAAGCCGAUCGUCAUCAUCACGUGGGAGGGUACGGACCCGCAGGAAAAGUCCAUCAUCCUGAAUUCGCACAUGGACGUGGUACCCGUGUACGAGGAACGUUGGACUCAUCCACCAUUCGGUGCCGAGAUGGAUCACUCUGGUCGCAUCUAUGCACGAGGUGCGCAGGACAUGAAGUGCGUAGGAAUGCAGUUUCUUGGCGCCAUCCGUGCAUUGCGUAAGGAUGGUGUGAGCCUGAAGCGAACCAUCCACGCGACAUUCGUACCGGAUGAAGAGAUCGGCGGAAAACUCGGCAUGAUGGAGUGGGUGCAUAAGGAAUCCUUCCGCGAGCUGAAUGCUGGCUUCUCCAUCGAUGAGGGUAUCGCAGGAGAAGGAGAAGUUUAUCCGCUAUUUUAUGGCGAACGCAGUGUUUGGCAUGUGUAUUUCAACAUGUCCGGCACACCGGGACACGGAUCUCUGUUGCUAAAGGGCACUGCUGGCCAAAAGGCUCACUACAUCAUCGAUAAGCUGAUGAGCUUCCGCGAGAAUGAAGUAAAGCGGUUGGAAAACAAUCCUGAAUUUACCAUUGGUGAUGUAACCACGGUGAACAUUACGAUCAUGAAGGGUGGUGUGCAGGAAAACGUUGUACCGCCAGAGCUGACGGUUUGCUUCGACAUUCGUCUUGCAGUCGAUGUAAAUCAUCUCGAGUUCGAGAACCAGCUGCUCGAUUGGUGCCGUGAAGCCGGUGGUGGUAUCGAACUUGAGUACGAUCAGAAGUGCCCAUACGUAAAGCCUACAAAGCUCGAUAGCUCCAACAUCUAUUGGGUAGCAUUUAAGGAUGCAUUAGACGAGCUGGGACUAAAAGUUAAGCCGCAGAUCUUCCCUGGAGGUACUGAUAGCCGUUACAUCCGUGGCAUCGGCAUUCCUGCCAUCGGAUUUUCGCCGAUGAACAACACACCGGUGCUGUUGCAUGAUCACGAUGAAUUUUUGAAGGCUGAUACCUUCUUAGAAGGGAUUCGAAUCUAUCGGAAGAUUAUUUCGAACGUUGCGAACGUUUAGAAAGCGACAUAAUAAAUGAUUUAAAAGUAUAAAUCGUAUGCAUCAUGUGGAUACAAAUAUAAAUAAUCUAUCUCACUCAAACGGAUAUGA